CAAAUCGACAUCCGCUCAUGACGAGCUCCUUGCGAUAACUUAUCAUUUGUUAUUUCUGAAAAAAAAUGGAGAGGGGGUCAAGAGAUUGUGGAAGAUAAGGUGCGAACUUGAAGCCCUUAUACAAUCUAUAAAACGACCAGCCAGCCAUGAUCGCAUCCCCAUCUCCCAUCGACGACCAAUCCAUCAUGUCCGAAGUCAAAAGCGAAGAACACUUUCAACUCGACGAGAUUGACUACUCGCCAGAGGACGAGGCUCGAGCCGUGCGCAAGGUCGAUUUUUUGGUUUUGCCUGCCAUCGUCUUUUGCUUUUUGAUGCUUCAAUUUGAUCGCACCAAUUUAGGUAACGCCCAAACAGAUACUACAUUCCUUCCUGCUGUUGGCAUCACAACUAGCAAUAUCAAUAUCGGUCAAACACUGUUCACUCUUGGCUUCGUCAUCUUUGAGUUACCCAGUAACAUGCUCGCCAAGAUCUUGGGUCCGCACCGAUGGGUUCCUUGCAUCAUCUUCAUCUGGGGCCUCAUUACUCUUUGUCAAGCUUUUCUUACCAGCAAAGGUGGCUUCUACGCUACUCGAUUCCUCUUGGCUUGUGGUGAGGCUGGUUUUAUCCCCGGUAUGGCCUGGUACAUCACCCGAUUCUACCAGAACGGUGAACUCAGUCUCAGAUUGGCCAUUUUCUGGGCUGCCAACAGUUUUGCUGGUAUGGUUUCAGGUCCUCUCGCUCUCGGCAUUCUUCAAGGUCUCAACGAGAAGCAUGGCUGGCAUGGAUGGCAGUAUCUCUUCGCUAUUGAGGGUGCUAUGACCAUGGGUGUCGCCAUCUUCGCUUUGCUCUACCUCCCUGCUAGCCCCUUGGACGGCGGUCGAUCUCUCCUCAUCCCAGUCCUCAACUCUCGUGAUGCUCAAAUUCUCGCUGCUCGAAUACUCGCCGACGACCCCAAGAAGGCUUUCGGUCGAGGCUCGAAGAUUACCCUCGUUGAUAUCAAGGAUACAUUUGUAGACUGGAGACUUUGGGGUCACUGUGCUGCCGCGUUCCUUUCUUCUAUCAUAUUAACCCCCAUCAACACUUACGGUCCUAAAGUCAUUCAAUCUCUCGGCUACUCUGGCUUCACCGCCAACGGUAUGGCCGCUCCCGCCUCCGCCAUCGGUCUCGUCUACUCUGUCUCCCUCGCUUGGAGCUCCGAUCGUUUCCGCGAGCGUGGUAUCCACAUUUUCACCGCCAUGGCCCUCUCUUGUGCCGGUUGUCUUUGGCUUGCUCUCGCCCCCGACUCCGCUGGCAAGAGGGUCCUGUACGGAGGUUACCUUUUAACUGCUGGUACUAUGGGUUGUGGGCAAGCUAUCAACGCUUCGUGGGUCAGCAGCAAGUUUGACGAACGACGACGACCUGUCGCCUUGGCUACCUACGUCGCCUUCAUCCAAAUGGCGGGCUUCGCCGGUUCCAACGUCUUCAAAACCAAGGACGCCCCUCGAUACAAAGACGGUCUCAUCGUGUGCGGUGUCUGCUCCGUGGUAGGAGGCGUGAUCAUGCUUGUCUGGAAGCUACUUUACAUCUGGGACGACAGGCGGGCAAAAGAGGGGCGGAGGAGCGAGUCUUCCCCAGAAUUAGAGGUUCACCAUUUCUCAGACGAAAGAUCUAUUGAAGGGAAGGUAAAGGCGGAGAAAUAGAAAGGGAAAUACAAUAGAUACGAUAGAAGCUUUAGAAGUUAGAAGUUAUAUAGAGGGGUAACAGCUUUUUAUCUUUCGUUUUUGGUUCUCCGGGUUUAGUUUAUUUAUGUUGUUAUAAGUAGAAAUAGAAAGGA